CUAGAAGUCAACUCACAGGCAGGACAGAGAGAGAGAGAGAGACUAGAAGUCAACUUACAGGCAGGACAGAGAGAGAGAAAAUAGUGAAAAACCUUUGAAGAUCUCUGAAGAAGUGAAGCUACAACUGAAGACUUCAGAAGGAGACAAUCACCAUGGCGAUGUUGACCACUCUUCUGCUUCUGAGCGCUGUCUUUGCUCUGGGAGAUGCAAGGGGUAGCAGAGGGCAUCGGCAUAAUCACUGUGACUCAGAGGAACACAUUCCUCCUCCUCCUCCGACAGAUUAUUCUGACUCGGAUGAACACAUUCCUCCUCCUCCGACAGAUUAUUCUGACUCGGAUGAACACAUUCAUCCUCCGACAGAUUGGUCUGAUUCAAAGGAACACAUUCAUCCUCCGAAAGAUCGGUCUGAUUCAAAGGAACACAUUCAUCCUCCGAAAGAUCGGUCUGAUUCAAAGGAACACAUUCAUCCUCCGAGAGAUCGGUCUGAUUCAAAGGAACACAUUCAUCCUCCGAAAGAUCUGUCUGACUCAGAAGAAAACAUUCCUCCCCGGAAAGAGUGGCAUCGCAGAGUCUGCCCAAACGGCUGGCCCAGAUAUAAGACACACUGCUAUCACUACGUCCCCUUCAUGACCACAUGGCCAGAGGCAGAGAGGAAAUGUUUGCGCUUGGGAGGAAACCUGGCAUCAGUGCACAGCCUUCCCCAGUAUCGUUUCCUUCAGUCUGUCAUCAGGAAGAGUACCAGGAAAGUUCAGCGCACCUGGAUAGGAGCCAACGAUGCCAUCAAGGAGGGUCUCUGGCUGUGGAGCGACGGGUCCAGGUUUAACUACCAGAACUGGGGCCCGGGUCAACCCUCUAACUAUAACCAUGGUGUUAUUAAGGACAACACGAACGGUCGGGAGCAUUGCAUGGAGAUGAACUAUGGAGCUUCUCGCUGCCAGAACGAUGCCCCUUGCUGGUUUACAUUUCCCUUCCUGUGUUCCAGAAAGUUGUGAUGUCCACAUUUUGGGAGAGACGACAUUGGAGAAGCUCUCUAAAGAUGAGAUUGUUUUAAAUAAAGACACCAUCUGCAAUGUUACCCUUCGUUCAGUGGUCAUUUAUACAAAACACCAGCUGGAUCCAACUAUUAAACUCUGUAGUGUGAAGUAAAUAACAUCUUUGGUAAAAUAAACUUUAAACAGUUGCUUCUCA